AUACCUAUACAUAUACAUAUACCUAUACAUAUACAUACAUACAUACAUACACACACACAUACACACUUAUACAUACAUACAUAAAUACAUACAUACAUCUAUAAGCUUACAGAAAACAUAAACCAUGCCCAUCUUAAGAAAACUACACUUAUUAUUUGAUGUUCCUAAAUAACUAAAACUGUGUGUGUGCAGACUGUGUAUAUGAUGCCAAUCAACACAAAACAUAAGAAGCAUCAGCACAUGCAUUAGCCAUUGACAUGGCACAUACAAGCACUAUGCAAUUGAGUAGGAGACAGACAAAAACAUACCUACAAGAGAAGCUAUAUAAGAAAUAGAGAAUACAUAUUACAUCUUUGUCAGAAAUGCACAUCAUGUUUGUAAGAGAACAUGCUUGGGAUAACACAGGGCAAAGGCGUCCUAGCAGUGUAUCGUCCUGCACGGGCGUAACUUUUGGAUAAAAGUGCCCAUGAUACAUAGUGCAAAACUAUCAACUAACUACACGUAGAAUUCAGGGCGCAUCUUCAUUAAUGACUAAAUAUUUGAAAAAUCUGACAUAUCAAUGUUAUAGAGAAACAGACACGGGAAAAAAAAUUUACCCUAUUCAGGUUAUAGAAGGAUCCCUGGAUCCUCUUGGCUGUUGAAAAAAUACCAAUCUGGAUGUAUUGUACGCUAAAUAUGGAAAUAACUAAUACCAAACCAUCCAACAGAUAAAAAUGGAGAGUUAAUGAAAUUACUUCAGCAAAUUUAUUACAUCCAUGUACCAGCAUUGCAUGCAUGUACCAGCAAUUAUUUAUAUGCAUGUACCAGCAUAUUCAUAUGCUAGAAUUUAUGAGAAACCCAUUGUCGAAUCCUUGGACUAUAAUAAGAUCAGCAGAGUCCGUCAGCAAUUCCACAGUGAAGACAUGGCCAAGUUCUCCAACACUGUAGGCCUUGUUCUGGUCUUCGUAAUGCUCAUCAGUCUCUUUGCUUGUCAUGAAUACAGGGAUGUGCUCUGGAAAGCUAAUAAGAAUGGCAUUGGGCUGGAUUCAGAUGUCUGCAUUCAGUUACCAUGUCCUAAAGAUCCACCUCUUUGUUGUUGCUGCCGAUCAACUCAUAAUUGCUUCCUAAAUGGGGAGGACAAGAAAACUUGUGAAAAGGUGUGCCCUGUCUAGGUCUUGCAUCUGAUUGUUGGGAAAAUAGGCUGGAAUUCAGUAUUCAAGCCACAUGCAUUUGUCUUGUGUUAAUGAACAUAUCAAAAUUUGCAAUUAAUGAAUCACCAAAAGACUUUUGUUGUCUUUAAAUUUAUGAGAUACCCCUAUUGGACUUUUUAUUAGAGAUUAUUCUUCUACAACCAGAUAAUUUCUCGUGUUUAUACUUCAAGUUAUAGAUUAUUUCCUAACGAUGAAGUGUAGCAUAGGUCAUGAAAAGAGGGUUAAUUCCUGCAAUAAAGCCUAAGUCAGGUGGUGGCAGAUCAUGUUGCCACAUUAUAUGCCAGCAAAUAAAUGACUUGUACAACAAGGACAAGAACAACAACAAUAAACACUUCACCCCCAACAAUUCUGGAGUCUCUACGUGGAUGCCUUACUUCUUAUUACAACCAUUCCGUAUAGUAAUUUCCAACAAAGAGGAGCUAGAACCGUGAUAAACCAAGAUUUUAAAGCCGUCUUAACAUAAAACAUCAGUCACUUUUAUUUUUUUCAAGGUUCGUGAUUGGAUAAGCAUAAUGAACAAGAUCACAAUGUGGUUUAAAAAGUGCAAGGGAAAAUGGAGGUUAUCUUCGAAUCACUAUCAAUUAUUUCCUUCUAAAGAACAGAACCAGAUAUCCUAUCCAAGUCAAACUCCCAACACCUUGUAAUAAUCACCAAAUAUCAUCUCCAUUAAUCCCAUAAUUAGGGGGGAAAACAAACAAGGACGGGGGAGCAAAAAGAACAACAGAUGGUCAACAGCCAGUUCCUAACGUACAAAGUUAAUCCAAGAAACAGUUUUAUCCAAUGAGCUAAGUUUCAUGCGAGGUUCGGUGAAAGCGCCCAGUAAUCUACUACCUCGAUCGAAACAACAAUAUUCUAAUAUGCGUUCACGGAUUGCGUGCCUUCGUCAUGUAUCGAAACAUGGAUUCACGCUGCAGUGUUUAUUUUGAAUU